ACCGACAUUUUACCCUACCCAUUCACAAAUCACAUCAUGCGCUUCACAAAUCUUCUCCCUCUUCUCCUCCCCCCAGCCCUAGCGGCCUCCAACGAGCCCUGUUACGGCCCCAACGGCAUCGCCGGCGUGUGCAUCACCGAUGCCGCGUGCACCUCGGCCGGCGGAACCUCCAUCUCGGGAGCCUGCCCCGCCGACGCCGCCAACAUCAAGUGCUGCUCCAAGCCAAACUGCGCAAACGGGGCGUCGGGGAACUGCCGCUGGACGUCCGACUGCGCCGGCAGCUCCGUGACAAACCAGUGUCCCGGCCCCGGGCAGAUGCGGUGCUGCUCCGCUGGCGGGUCCGGGUUCGGUGGGUACCCGGCGCCGAAUAUCCCGGCUGUCGGGGCUUGUAAGCAGGUUGCUGUCGACGGUGCUAAAAAGGUCGUUGCGGCUUUUCCUGGCCGUGUGAGGGAGAUUGGAUGCAAGAGGGAUUGCGCUUGUCCUGGAUCGUCUGAUCACUGCUGUGGACUGGCGACUGAUUUCAUGUGUGCUGAUGGCGGUGGUUCCGCUACUCUCUCUGGCAAGGAAAUCGCCGAGUGGUGCAUGAGGAACCGCGCCGCUCUGAACCUCAAGUACGUCAUCUGGGGACAAAAGAUCUGGACCACGUCCGUCGACGGGACGAACAAGAACUGGGAGAGCUGGCGAACCAUGGAGGACCGCGGCGACCUGACUCAGAACCAUUGGGACCACGUCCAUGUUUCGUACAAUGGUUGA